UAAAAAGUAUGUUAUGUCAACAAAAAUAAUCAUGUAAAACUACCUUUAGGUUAUUUGCUGAUCAUUGACGUGUACUUAACCUGUAAGAAUAGUAAUUAUUGUGGUCAAAAUGACUUCAAACGAACUGGUUAAAAUAAACAAAUGGGAUGGAGCAGCUGUGAAAAAUGCUCUAGAUGAUGCCGUAAAAGAAGUGUUAAUUAAGAAGUAUAAUUAUAUUCAGAAUUUUAAACUUAUGGAUGUUCGGUUAGGAAUAAGUGGUAUUGCUGUAGCUGUAGCAGGCAAUGCUUUGUGUUGGGAUUACUUUUAUCCAUUCCCAGCAUCAAGAAAUGUUUUGGUCUUUGGUGUCACUGCUUACUUUAUUUUAAUAACUAUCUUAAAUCUUUACACUACAUACAAAGAAAAAGGAAUUUUUGCAGUAGUUGUUCAAAGAGAUUCAGCUGGAUUUGAUCCAGAUUACAUAUGGGAAGUUUCAUCUUAUUUACAAAAAUAUGAUGAUAAAUACAACUUAAUAAUGUCAGUUAAAAAUGAAGCAACAGGGCAAAUGAAUGAAACAUCAGUCACAAGAUCUGUUGCUAAUUUUAUAGACGUCAAUGGUGUCAUCGUUCCAGAACUUGUAGAAGCAAUGGUUAUGAAUUUACAUGAUAGUCUAAAUGCCCAAAAGAAAGACAAAUAACGAGAAAAUAGAAAUUAAAUUUUUAUUAAUUUAAUUAAUCAUUGAAUUCCUUGUUCAUUCAUUUUAAGUCUUAUGUACAAUAAUUAAUAUCAUUUUUCGGGUUUUAUUGCGUCAUUUUUGAUGUAUUAAUUUUAAAAAACAAAUGGAAUACUUAAAGGACCAUAUUUUUUGUUAAUU